GAAGCGCAGCCGGCGUGGCCACCGCCCCGCUCCCCGACGCAGGGCGAGCUCUCCGGGUCGGGUCGCCGGCAGCUCUGGCGGGUUCUCUGGGUCACACUUCCGGUGUGGGCAGGUCCCCACCCCAGUCAGCCGUCCCUACCCCGCCCUCCCCGCCCCAUGGCGCUGCAGAGCUCGGGGGUGGCCUUCCGCAGGAUCCUGUCCCACUUCCCCGAGGAGCUGAGCCUGGCUUUCGCCUACGGCUCCGGGGUGUACCGCCAGGCCGGGCCCAGUUCAGACCAGAAGAACGCCAUGCUGGACUUUGUGUUCACGGUAGAUGACCCUGUCGCGUGGCAUUCAAAGAACCUGAAGAGGAAUUGGAGCCACUACUCUUUCUUAAAACUUUUGGGGCCCAAGAUGAUCUCCUCUGUCCAAAAUAACUAUGGCGCUGGAGUUUACUACAAUCCACUGAUCCUGUGUGACGGCAGGCUUGUCAAGUACGGGGUGAUCAGCACCAGUACUCUGAUUGAAGACCUGCUUGGCUGGAAUAACUUGUACAUCGCUGGCCGCCUCCAGAAACCGGUGAAGAUUAUAGCGAUGAAUGAGGACGCCACCCUCCGAUCAGCCCUGGAUAAGAACCUGAGGAGCGCGGUGACUGCGGCCUUCCUCAUGCUCCCCGAGAGCUUUUCCGAGGAAGAGCUGUUCGUGGAGAUCGCGGGGCUGUCCUAUGCAGAGCCCUUCCGCCUCUCCACGCCUCGCAGGAUGUGCAGUUCUGGCGUUGAUGCAGUGACACGCACCCCUCUUGGCAGUGUGUCGUCCCUUUUGCAUGAGGAGCAUGAAGAUGUCCUGCUUCUUGUCAAACCAUCCUGCCUGCUGAUGGUGCCACUCAAACCAGUCUUUACCAGCAUGGCGCCAAAGUGCCAAUUUUCCAAUCCCGCCUCGCCCUCCACAGGAGGGAAGAGCUUUCCUUUCUGGCUCAUUCGUUUGUCUGUUAUUUAUCUAAAUGUCAACUUUCUUUCCCUUUCAACACAUUGUGUAGUCAAAGAAACAAGGGCACAGUGGGGUGGGGCAGGAGGACAAAGCCCCGGGCCCUGCACCCUCACUGCCACCAGAGGAGCAUCACCUCUGAGAUAGGCUCAGUGCCAGCUCUCAUCUGCAGGGCUGGCGUGCAGCUCAGGGGUAGAGCACUUGCCUAAUGAGUGCAGGGUCCAGGGUUUGAGCCCAGCACCACACACACAUAUACACAAAUUCGUUAAAAGAAAAAGU